GCCUUGCGUGCAGGGACCACACCCUUGUACGAAUUCCUACUAGUGCCCUCACUGUACCGACUUCAGCACCUGCCCUCAUUAAGCUCACAACAAGCAUCAGUAUGAAAUGAACUUCGAGGUUUCUAACUUGUUAAAUCCAUCAAGACAUAUUACAAGAAUUCUACUGUCGUGUUUUCAUCUGCUCAAUUUCUCAGAUUCAUGUGAAAAUCUUGAUCUGUUCACAGUGCUCUCCCAAAUGGCUCUGGUUGGUUACGAGAGCAGUGACGAGGAGGAAGUUGCACAGCAGCCCGUGGCGGACGUAAAGUCUGUCCCAAAGAAUCAGGAAGUUACGGUUGAGGCAAUUGGAUAUCAAAGUAUCAGCUCAGAGAAAAGGGCUUCUCUUCCUCAGCAGCAGCCUGAGAAAGCAGAAGUCAUUGGACCGAUGUUGCCACCACAAAAUGCCAGCAAUCCCACCUUCCCACCCCUAGAGGAUGCACCAAUGGAAGACGACCUCCCCAUCCCUUCUCUCGGCUCACCCUACACAGCAAACCGGGCUCUACUGCGUGAUCUCACCCUCCCACAGCUACCCAACAUGGACAUCCCGCCAUCUCCCCCUGGUUCUCCCAUCCCAGGCACGAACAAGAAGUUCGAGCAGUUUCUGGAGCUGAAGAAGAAAGGCGUGCACUUCAACUCCAAGAUUGCGCAAUCCUCGGCGCUGAAGAACCCGGGGCUGAUGGACAAGCUUAUGGAGUUCGUCGAGCUGGACCCGAGGGAUCAGUACAGGACGACGCUGGGCACGGACUUGUGGGAUCCGGCUGUUGGUUUCGCGAGGCAUGCGUAUAAAGAGCAGCUGAGGCUGAGCCAGACGGAGAUUGGGAAGGCUAGAGUGCGGGUGCAGGGGGCGCCGGUGGAGUUCGUGCCGGCUUCUGAGGGCAGUCGGGAUAAUACGCCCGGCGUAUCCAAGCCAGUCUCUGUUUGCGGGACACCGACAGCAGCAGCAGGUCCAGGGAAGAGGAAGACGAGAUUUGAAAGCUGAGCUGGUGGCAAUUUCCGUCAAACGAGCAAGUAUGUGGAGUUCUGAGGUGUUGCGGUUCUCCACUUGGACAUCGGGGGCUCUUACACGAGUUGUGAGGCGAGAUGGAUAGACAUGUACGUGUACGAUUUACAGUCGGCAAAAAAGGAUGAUACCCACUGGCGGACGCAGCUAUCUCCCCUUGAUCUUUGGUAAUGCUUGAAGAGGUGUUAUAUUGCGGUCUUGGCUUUGGUAAUACCAUGACAGUCAUCCAGGAAUGGGCUGACACGUAGAAUGGAAAUAUCCGGCGUCUAGCUACCUCGAUCAGCAACCCUUCAUGCAGAGCAUGGCACUACGAAAAUAUGGAUUGGUGUGGAACGAUGAAUAAAACUGGUCACCACCCCACUAACCAUCCCUCCCCUUACCGUCUUGUACAAGGACCGACGACGUUUGUAGGGCACAGUAAACAUGUCCCGGCUCUGUUUCUGCCUCGUUUGUCAUAAUC